UGAAUUUGUAUUGUUUUUCUGAACAACAAUUUAAUUUGAUUGUUACUAAUUUAAUUUCUGUCAUUUUUUUCUUCCAAAUUGUUAUGCCCGUGAGAAUGAAUAAUCGUUUUGUCACCCAUCGUGUUAAUCUCUUUGAACCAGAUUUGUUAUUUUCCAUAAAUUGUUUAGCCUUUAAUCCAGAAGAAAAUAAAUUAGCUGUUCUUAGAAGAUCAUUACCAUUAGAUGUUAAAUCAUCUUCUUCAUCAACGUUACAACCACCACCAGCAUCAUCAUCAUCAUCAUCAUCAUCAUCGACACCAUCAUCAGCUAAAUUGAAACAAUCUACAAUUGAUGUAGAAUCAUUAAUAUCCUAUUCUCUAAUUGAAAUAUGGGAUUGGUCAAUUGACCAUCGAGCAACUUUAAGUCAGGUUAUCCAUGAAGAUGAAGAUGAUCCAAGUUCAAUUGAAUCGUUGGGAUGGUCAUUUGAUGGUCGAUUAUGGGCUUGUGGAUUAAAUGGUAAAAUUCAUCAGGUUGAUUUGGUCAAUAAUGUACUUCACCAAGGAUAUCCACUGGUCUCUGGUGCUGGUUGGUGUUUACAAUUUAAUAAGGAUAAAACUCUUGUCGCUGUUGGUACCGAGGAGGGUUACAUUUGUAUCUUUAACGUUGCAAUAGUUGAACAUGAUAAAUAUGGAAUCGAUUUUGUUAAAACGAUGAGUCGAGAUAAAGCUCGAAUAUUAUGUGUCACUUGGUAUGAACCUUUGGAAGGUGAUAAGAAAUUAAUCUCUGGUUCAAUUGGGAUAAUUAAAAUUUGGAACUAUGAGAAUGGAAAUUGUUUAAAUGUUAUCCGUUCAUCUAAUGAGAAUACAAUUUUCUGGUCUUUAACUAUUGCCGAUGAUUUUACAAUUAUCUCUGGUGAUUCAAAGGGAUUCACUUCUUUCUGGGAUGGUAAAAAUGCUCUUCUAAUUAAUCAAAGUAAUUCCCAUAAAGCUGAUGUUCUCUGUUUAACCCAAUCAGCUGGUAAAUCGGGUGAUUCACAUAGAGUCAUUUACUCAUCAGGAACCGAUCCAAAUGUAGUCACUUUCACUCUUGAUUCUAAUGGUAAAGGAGUCCAAUCAACGGUUCUACAUAUUCACAGUAACGAUGUUCGAUCUCUUGUCGCUAGUAAGGGUUGGCUAAUCUCUGGUGGUUUCGAUUGUUAUUUGACCCAAAUUUGCGCUUUUCCACAAAAACAGAUCCAUCAAGCGCCAGUUUUUAACAAUUUCAUCAAAAUUGACAAGAAUCGUCUUCUUUUCCAGUACAGUAAAUCAUUACAAAUUUGGGAAACCGGAUCAACAUCAACUGCCCAAUUAAACACUUCAAUCAGCUCAAUUGACAAUAACAAUCGUGGUAACAACAACACCAAUCAUAAUAACAAUAACAACAACAGUUACCAUGAUUAUCGCAAUGAAAUAAUUUCAUUUGGAGAUUCAAAUGUUGUACCUUUGGUUGAAGGUCUCCAAUUGAUUAAUAUACAAUCGAAACGUUUAAUUCACCAAUCAAAUUUUUCUGGACCAUGGAUUUGCUAUUCGAUAUUGGAAAAAGUUAGAAUAUUAUAUUGUGCCAAUGAUUCUGUGACCAAAGUUCCGCUUCUUUGUGACCUUAACGGUGAAACAAUUACCGGAAUUGAGUUUAUCGGUGAUAAAUAUCUUCUUCUUUCAACUGGACUUAAAUUGUACAUGUUUCAAUUAACCGUGUCGGGAAUCACAUUGGAGAAAGAGUUUAAAUAUAAACAUCGAUUAGUAAAAGUGGCCUCUUCUAAUGAACAUAUUGUCGUUGUAUUAGCAAAUCUUUCAGUCUCAUUGAUUAGUACAACUGAUUGGUCGUUGGUACAUCGAUUUAAAUUAUCAUCACAACCAACUUGCCUUAAAUUUAACCAAUAUCAAAAGGAUCUCAUUUGGUUUGCAUUUGCCAACCAUUUAAUUAUGAGUUUCUCAAUUUCUUCAGCUGAAUUUACCAAAUAUUCAUACAAUGAAUCAAGUCAACAUGUUCCACUUAUCGGAUUAACUUUUCAUCCAAAUGGGCUGAUCGCCUAUGAUCAGGAUCGAUUGUAUCAUUACAAUGGUUCUUCGUGGACAACUUCUGAUCGCUAUUCUCAUUUGGCUGCAGUUGAAUUUAUGGCCGAUAAACAGGAAUUACUUUUGAUUGAAGUAACACCAAGCAUGAUAAAGAAGAAACUUCCAAUUCGAUUCUCGAACAAAAAAUUUGGAACUUAAUCAUCUUUUACCAUCUUUUUCUCUAUUUCGUUGUAAUAUCAAGAUUAACAUCAACAUUCAGUGUUGACUCUAUUUUUUUUUGCUCCAUUUCCUUGUCUUGUUGCCUUUCUCACUCUCUCACUCUCUAUCUAUCUCUCUCUCUCCCUCUUUCUCUUCCUUAUCAACCCAACGUGUCUUUUCAACAUGAUUAUCUGAUCAUGAUUGACAAUCUCUAUGGUGUAACCAUUAUCAUCUUUGCUGUGAUUAAGACAAAACAGCAAAGAAAAGGAAGCAAAAAAGGAGAAGUGAUAAUCAGCUCACAAUGAGAACCCAAUCACUUUGACGAUGGUGAACAAACAUUAUUUAAUCCUUGAUAAUUAUCCAUGUUGAGCUGAGUAAUUUAAUCUUCUGACAAACUUAUGGUGAUGAAAAUGAACUUAUCCAUAAAUUCAAUUAUUAUUAUAAUUAUUAUGAUAAACUCAGUGAGAGAAUAAUAAUAUUAUCCAAUUUGUAAUAAGACUUGGAGAAAGAGAAAACUCAAAAACUGAAGAAAAAAAAAAGAACAAAGAAAAUAAAAACAAAAUCAAAUUGAUUGUUAACAAUUCAA